UUGUGAAGUGAGCUGCUGCUUGACAGUUUGUGGGCUGCGUUUGGUUUCGCGUGCUCAUUUUGUUCGUUCCUUGGUGGCAGGCAGCAGCAACCAUUCUUCGACAGCACCGGCAAUGACUUGCAGGUAACGAGCGGGAACGUGUUUAAACAAUGGAGCAUCCGACGAUCGUGGGGAACGCGGCCGGUGCCGCGGCUGAUACAUUCCAAGCUAUUGUAACGCACGUGGCGCCCGAACACCGAUGGCUUAAACUGUUUGUGCAGAGGAACCACGAAAUGAUGAAGCAUAUUGAAGCUUACCUCGAGGGCCUCGAGCCGGCGCUGUCGUCUAAGCCUGGAUUUAUGCAUCAGAGUCAGAUAGCGUUAGGAACGCCGUGUUUCGCGCGCUGCUCGAACAAGAAGUGGUACCGUGCCGUGGUGUCAUCCUGGCCGCGCCACAACGAGACCCUAGUCGAAGUGACGUUCAUAGACUACGGGAACUGUGAAGAGGUAUGCGUUGAUGACGUACGCCAGAGCCCAGACCCUAUUUUCAGGACACCGCACGGAGUUUACGAGUGCUUUCUCGACGAACUCGACUUGAGCCUUGCCACGCCGGAUGGCGCAGAGAAAGUUGUCGUAUUGUCAAAGGCCAAGCUUUUGAGCGUGGAGGUUACUGUCACAGUCCACAGGUACGAGCAGGUGCAGGUGAACUGCGUGAGGCCUGUCGUGUCCGUCACCAUGCCUGACGGGAGGAGCCUAGCGGACAUGCUUGCGCGUUCGGCGGCGUUUACGAACGCCAUGGUGCCGGCUAGCGCGAAGCCCGCCUUCACCAUACCCGACAUCAAACUAGGCGUACCUUACAGGGUAUACGUCGCGCACGUUGAAGCCAUAUGCGAUGUGUUCUUGCAUCUAGCGACCAGGGAUCCAGCGGCGUUUUCUGACAUGAUUCAGAACACGUACGCGGACGCUGUCCCACUCGACCCCGCGCUGGUACGGAGUGAAACGGUCUGUCUUGCACGUUUCACAGAGGAUUCUUUACUCUACCGCUCCCUUGUUGUCGACUGCUUCCACGGUAGCUGUAGGGUGGCCUUUGUCGACUACGGAAAUCGUGAAGUCAAGUCAACGUCAGACUUGUUGGUCAUCCCUCCUGAACUGCUCCAAGAGCCUGUCUUUGCAAUCCAUUGCAAUGCGUCUAGCACAGGGCUAGACAAGGAUACCUUCCUUGAAGUCACUGCAGAGCAAGAGCUGACAUGCACAUUUUCGCAGGGAGUGAUACCUGGCGUAUAUACCGUUAAGUUUGAGGCUCUGAAUGGCAACAAAGCACCUCCGGCAGUAAAUUAUGCUCCGUGUAAUGGGCUGCCAGUGACUGCCCUUCACACCCAGAUACAACGAUUGAGGCUUGACCCAGGCUGUCGGCACGUCAUGUACAUCACAUUUAUUGAGUCUACCGAAGUUCUCUAUGCACAGCUGAAAGAAAUGGCGGAUGAAAUUGAUCAGAUUUCGACGCAGCUGGAAGCAGAGUCCCCUUCACUUGCAAUGCUUUCGCCUGCAGAUAUCAUGCCCGGCUUGGCUGUGGCCUGCAGAUAUGAAGGAACGUGGUACAGGGCUGAAGUGAUCAAGCCAGGCUCGCAAGUGCAGGUCUGGAUUGCUGAUUAUGGGGACACUGCAACACUGGAUAUCUCUGAACUCCGACAGCUAGACCUUAAGUACACUCUGCAGCCUGCAUAUGCUACGAAGCUCACUUUGGAUGGAUUUACGUGUUUGCCGCAGGCUUCAAAAGAGAUAGAGCUGUUGCUGGCACAACGGCUUCUGGACAUUGAAGCAAAUGUUUCAAUUGUUGAUGUCCUUCCUGAUGGCACCCACUCUGUUCAAAUAUUCGUUGGGGACCCUCCAAAAUCAAUCAUCAAGGAAUUGAAUGCUGCAUUGGCAAGCACUCGUCAAGUGGGCUCAGCAAAGGCACAAUCUCCCAUUGUGUGUCCCGUGGAGAAACUCUUGGUCACUAAUGUUGCUCCCCCACAGAAGUUCUUUGGCCAGUUCAUGAAGAUCCCAGAGGGUGAUCUGGACGUCCUGCAGAAAGGACUCGGAGACUAUUACUCUGCAUCGUCGCCAAACCCGGCCUUCCUACCACAGCCUGGCGAUCACAUCUGUUGUCGAUUCUCUGAGGAUGGGCAGUUCUACAGAGCGAAAGUUGAAAAAGUUUCAGCCGACGGUUCACAGUGUGAUGUUUUGUACUUGGACUAUGGCAAUGAGGAGACCGUGAUGCUGCAGGAUGUGCGCCCUCUGGAACCACAGUUUGCCAUUCCUACUUUGUUUGGCAUACCUUGCCAGCUGCAGUCGGGGCAGGUCUCAGAUGACAUGAUCGACACAGAAGUGGAGGUACGCUUUCUGGCAUGCCACGGGGAUGUCCACAGUGUGGCAUUUACCAGCUCUGGGCAGAGUCUUCCAUCAAAAGGUGCCCCAGCAGUGGUGGCGCCUGCUCAGGGAUCAGCUCCGGCCAACAUGAACACAUUUGGUGGAGGGGAGGCCCCUGUCCAAGGCCUUUUACAGCUCCAGCUUGGACCCGGCAAGCAAGAGCAGGUCACAGUGGUCGUGGUGAAGUCACUGUCGGAGUUCUAUGGCCAGCUGACCAGAAAUGAUGGCCAACUCAGCAACGUGGACACUGUGCUGUCCAGUGUUGCCAGUGCGCAGCCUGGACUUUCACCAGCUAUUCGCAAAGUGGGCACUGCCUGUUGCGCCCUCUAUUCUGAAGAUGGCUGCUGGUAUAGAGGAAUCAUCCGGGAGCUGCACCUUGGAAGUGUCACCGUGUUCUUUGCCGACUAUGGUAACAGUGAGAACGUGGAGGACUCUUUUGUCAAGCAACUGCCGGACAGCCUGAGGUCUAUCCCAUGCCAGGCGGUGGCUUUCAGGCUGAGUGGUGCCAUUGCCAUGGACGCUGCUGCGGCAACGGCCAGGCUGGAUGAGAUUCUCGCAGAUCAGGAGGUGACCAUCAAGGUGCAUGGUUGUGGCCUUGACAAGGUCCAUGAUGUGGACGUCAUUCUCCCUACUGGAGUGAACGCUCGUGAUCAGCUGAUUCAGGAAGGACUCCUGCAGUGUUCGGGUGGCUUUGCUUGUCCUCCACAGCCUCCAGCGCCUUCUGUGCACGUGCCACCUCCACAGAUGUCUUCUCCGGAGCUGUACCACGUGGGCGGCUUCCAAUACCCGGCUCUGAUGGAAGGUGUUGCGGUGCCCGUUGAAGCUUGCUGGGUGUUGACGCCUGGCGAAGUCUUCGUUCAGCUUACAGAGACACAGGGUGCCCUUGAGCAACUCAUGAGUGAAAUGCAGGUAUACUAUGCCAGUCUUGGCGACGUGGUCAGCAGUGACAUUCGCCCAGGCCAGGCAUGCGUAGCCCAGUACCAAGAAGACGGGAAGUGGUACCGUGCCCGCGUGGUGCACGCGAAGGGCGGAUUGCUGGGCGUUCAGUAUGUCGACUACGGAAACUGCGAAGAAAUCCCCGAGGGCUCUGUGCGUCAGGAUCGCCGUGCAAAGAAGAUCCUGGCAAAGUAUGCAGAGCUGCCAGCACAGGCCAUUCGGUGUCGGAUCCGUUCAGUGGCUCCCCCACGUGGCCACUCGACAUGGCCAGAGCUGGUAGACCAAAAGCCACUGGAGCAGGCCUUUGAGGGUGUGUUCCUCUGCCGACCAGCCGCGCAGAAAGAUGGUGUCCACCUGGUCGACCUCGAACGCCAAGGUGGUGGGCCGUCCCUCGUCGAGACCUUGGUCGCUGCAGGGCUUGCUGCGGACGUGACCACCAUUCCCCGUGAGCUGGGAUCCAUGUCCGAGGCCAGCCAGAGCCAGAAGCAAACCCUAAGGGCUGUGAUUUCACCUGCCGAGUUUGUUUUUCAUCCGAAGCAGUAUGUUGACGUCAAGGUGACAGCCGUCAUGUCCAUGUCAGAAGUGUGGUGCUGCCUUGUGGAAUGUGUGGAACCCAUGGCCAAAGCUCUCCAGGAGGCUGGUGAUGCAGCACCAAAAUUGCGUAAUCCAGUGCCUGGCGAAGCCUGCGUGGCACGGCUGCCAGCAAAGAAUGAGGGUGCUGAAGGCGACGCGGUACUUACACCCUGGGCACGCGCCGUGGUGAGGUCACGCCCUUCGCCGGCCAAGUUGGAGCUGUUCUUUGUCGACGUGGGAGGCACCAGGGUGGUGCACCACACUGAGGUGAAACAAAUACCGCCAGAGUUGACUACCCAGCCCGGCUAUGCAUUCCAGUGUGUCCUCAGCUGCAGUUUUCCUGCCGAUGCCUCCGAACUGUCAGCAAAAAUACUGUACAAGGAGCUUGUGCUGCAGGUUGAACAGCAGCUGGAACCUGCGAAGGUGAUUGGGUCCCUGUUUGACACCUCCGGAGACAACGAAGUGAAUAUCUUGGACACCUUUGCACACCCACUACCAGAUAGUGCCCCAGCUCCAGAGGAAACUCCCAUCCUGGAAGAAACUCCCAUCCGGGACGAAAUGCCCAUUCCGGAAGAAAUUCCCAUCCCGGAAGAAACUCCUACCCCAGCAGAGCAAGUGCAGGAAAGCCAACCCGUGCUUGAAGACAGUGCUGUCGUGGCUGAUACAGCCCCUCCUGCUGUCAAAUCUGUACCUCCUGAGCGUGAAGUGACCAGCCUGCCUCCAGAGAGGAGUUCAGCUCCAGCUAGGACGUCGCCCCCUACAAUGACAUCUCGGCCACCUUUCUAUCGGGGCCCCAGCAGCCACACGAUUGUGCCAUGCUAUCCUCCACUUUCAAAAAUAUCUGGCAAGAUGGCAGCUUAUGUAAUGCACGCCGAAGAUCUCUCCUGCUUCUACGUCAUGCGCAAGGAACAAGAGCAUGCCCUGGAAGAUCUUGCCAUGCGGCUUGAAACUUACUAUGUCGAAACUCCCGAGCCCAUUGUGAAACCACUGCCCAAACUGCCUUGCGUGGUCUUCUACCCACAGGAUGAAUCCUGGUACCGUGCUAAGGUUGCAGGAGAUGGCCCGUGUGUGCAGUUCGUUGACUAUGGCAACACUGACAUAGUUCCUGAGGUUAGAGCCAUUGCUGCAGAGUUUCUCGAGGUGCCGCCGUUUUGCUACAAAUGCAAAUUGGAUGGGGCAAAAGACCUUGCCCAUGUUCCUGGCAUAUUCUGUGCGUUCAAAGAGAUGAUUGCAGAUGCAGAGCUAGAGCUCGAGGUGAUGACCUGGGGUCCAGAGGUCACUGUUAGGCUUUCUAGGGAAGGCCAGGAUAUCACUACAGCGCUCAAGAAUCGAUUUGUCUCUUCAGAACCUGUAGCAUUGAAAGUGGAUGCCCCAGAGGAGCCUGCUGUUUGCUUAGAGAGUGCACCUACCUCUGAGCCUUCUCCAACUGAUGCUAAGGAUCGUGAAGCUUGCACAGUGAGCCACGUUGAUAGCCUACGCUCAUUCUAUAUGUUGCACUCAACCAAGCUAGACGUUCUCAGCGACCUAGUAGACAAGCUGCAAGAAGUACUAGCUUCUAAUGCUCCCACCAUAAUUGACGCACCCGACAAUAGCACUCUCUAUGCUGCACUUUACUCCGAGGACAACCUCUGGUACAGGGCUAUGGUUGAAGGUCCUGCAGAAGAGGGUGGCUUCAAGGUUCGUUUUGUGGACUAUGGAAAUGCUGAGAUAGUGGAGUCUGUGGUGUCUCUGGACUCUGAAGAGUUGCGUGUUGAGCCAUUCUGCAUUGAAUGUCAGCUCGCUGAUGUCGGAGAUGCUGACGAUGUCAAUGCUAUUCAGAAAUUCAGAGAGCUUGUCCUGGACUCAGAUCUUUUGUUCGAAACAGUGAAGCCAGGAAAGCCGAUGACUGUUCGGCUUUUCACUUUAGACGGCGUCAGUCUGCAGUCCAAGCUCCCACUUCAGAGGAGGUACAGGACCCUGGAAGUUCCACUUCACCAGAAAGUUCAUGUCCACAUCAUCCAUGUUGAGUCGGCAACAAACUUCUUUGUUCACUUCAAUGACCGUCUGAAUGCCUUGGAGGCUCUGUUAAAACAGCUGCUUGAAGUUCCAGUAAAUGAAAACAUGCCAGCAGAUACGUCACUGCCUUGCAUGGUCUACUGGAUCGACGAUCUUCCGUACAGAAUUGCUGUUGUCGAGGACAAGAAUAACUCUGAACCCGGGGGCACAGCAAAAGCACUAGUCAAGUUUGUCGACUAUGGAAACACUGACACUGUGGAGCGAGCCGGAAUUUGCCAGCUUCCUGAUGCACUGCUGGCUGAACCCCUCUUUGCUGUCAAUUGCACCCUUGAUAUCCCUGAAGGGAAGUUGGGCCUGGAAGCAACUGAGAAGCUCAAGCUUCUGGCAGAUGCAGGGCCAGCCUCCUCACUAUUGGCUGAAUUCCUGGAAGAGAGGAAUGGCUGCUAUGUUGUUCGUCUUCUGGACAUGGGCAUGGAUGUCUUGGAGAAGUUGCAGGGGGCCGCGCGAGACGCCUCAGAAGGUGGCAGCGGAGAUGUCGCAGGUGAUGACUCUGUUUUUGAAGGACCUACCGAAGUACCUGAGGAUGUACCCGAGGCCCCUGCCAUUGAAGGAGCAGACAACAUGGACGAUCGCGCUCUCACGGAACUUUUGGCUGAACAUGUUGCUGAAGGAGGCAGUUCAGAUAACGCAUCUCUCACAGUGGCGGCCACCAGUUGCAGUACAGCUGAACAGGCUCUCGAGGAGACACAAGUUUCAGAAGCAGAAGCCAUCCCAGUACAUCAAGUUGUACUUGCCCAGUGCUUGGAGACUCAAAUCAGCCUAGAAGCUCUAGAAGACCAGGAGGCCAUGGGGCUUGCUAUAGGAGCUGAGUCUUUAGAGCAGGAAGGCCCACUAAAUGAAAUGCCAGAUGUUGUAGCUUUCAAGGAUACUCAGGGCAGUGGAGCCUAUGAAGACCUGCUUAAAGAGGAUGCACUUCAUGAACCAGAGUGCACUGGCUCAAGUGUGCUGGUAGAUUCUAAUAGAAACGUUUCAGAUGAAGCCAAAUUUGAUGGAGAAAACUUGCUAGUGCAUGACGGUGCCACACGCUCCAAUGUGCCUGCACCUCUGGACAGUGCAGUGGAUCGUUCAGCAACACUUCAAGACGUUGUGCUUCCAAAGGAAGCCACCGUUAGUGAUGAAGAUUCUCAAGCCAUUCUUGAUGGUGACAUGCUUCCAGAAGUACCUGAAUUUGGAGAAGAAGAUCUGUCGGUUCUAGCUGAGGACAGCACCCUGACGGAAGACAUGUGCGAGGCAACAGUCUUCGAAGGCACAGUGUCUAAGGACAAAGCAGACACAGAAGCUGCCAAGGAAGGUGGAUGGUCUUUACAUACGAUUGCCACAGACAUCGAUCAGAGUGCAGUUGUGCCGAUAAGUGUGUCAGUGCAGCCAGAAAAUGAUAUCACCGACUACGCCAUAGCCGAAAUAUCGGCAGGCUUGGCCACUGUCAAUGUGGCUGACGAGCAGUCUGCCUUGGCAGGGUCUGGUGAUAUGCACGUUGCCAAGGCACGGAGUGAGGAGGCGCAGCAGGAGAGUCCAGGGAGAGAAUCGGAUAGCUGCCACCAUAGCGCUGUGUCAGAAGUUGGCCCGACACCGAAAGGGAGCGAUGCACUUCCCUCAUCACGACAAGCGGACGCGGAUGACAGCUCUGCGAUGGGCGCAGCUGCCACUGUACCAACCACCAUCUCAAACAUCGGGGCAGGCGGGGAUGGAACACCAGCGGCUCCAAAUGGUUCCAUGGCACAGUCCAGUCCCAUCACGCCACGUCACUUCAGGAAGCGACUUAGCCUGGACGACUGCCCAAUUCCUGGCGCCUGCACCAACGCAGAACUGCUGGAAGUCGCCAGCGAGAAUGUGAACUGAGGACUAAGACAUUGACAGGUUGCUAGUGCAAGUGUGUGGCAGUUUGUGAAAGUGCCUGCCAAGAGGGCUUACAUUAUAGCUUUGCCUUUUGCCCUUCCUUCGUUGUCUAUUUUCAUCCUCAGCAUUCAGUUUUAUUCCAGCAUAUAAACCUUAUAAAUCCUUAUGAUAUAAUUAUUUAAAUUUUGAGCUGUUUCAUGAAGAAUUCUGGCAAGUGUGCGCUUAUGAAUGCACAUUUAAUACAUGUUCAGCUUCAUCACGCUAACCAGAAAUAUAUUUUUUUCAUUAUUGGCCCAUCAUUCAUUCCUACAUUCGUGUAUAUCGAAUCACAUUUUGCACUUCUUUUCCAUGUUGUGCAAUCUUUGUUCCCAGUUCAUAUGUUUGUGUGUAUAAGAUUUAUAGUGUGUUUUGUUUGCUGUUUGGAAAAAUAAAGAUAUAUUUUUCACUGA